UGGUUGAGGGCUUGCCAGUUUAUUUUUACACGGUUGCAAACGAGCGCAACAUACUGAAUGCAUUUGAAAGACAGCACUCAUCAGAAUCGAAUGUGACAAACAAUGAAGAUUCCAUUUUAUUUAGCACUGUUUCAUUUAUGGAUAGCUAAAGACACCGAAUGCUGCAUGGACACCAAGGGGCUCUUGGAGUUCAAGUCUGUCACACUGGGGCAAUCUCUCACAUUAAAAUGCCAUUACGACUGCUCUGAUGCAUUUGUUCGGGGCUGUUGGAGCAAAGCGUCUGAUAACUCUGACUGCCUGGGGGUCCGAAGCCUCGAAUCCUGCAGCGUAACUCUACAUCUGGACACUGUUUCCGUGCAAGAUCUCAAGUACAAUUACACUUGUUACACACGAGCAACAGAUGACCCGCAGCUCAGAACGAAAACACGCCAUGUUGUAUCUCUAUUUGUAAAAGCCCAGACAAGUGCUCAAACCUGCACAGUUGCGCCAACUAAUAUGCCUGCGAAUGUUCAGCCAAGGGAUUCAAGCGGAGGAUGGCAAUUUAAAGAAAUUCAUGUUUUGGCAACCUUUUCCCUCGCCGUGGCCUUGGCACUGACCGUGUUGGUUAUGUAUUCAUGUGUGAAAUACAAUCCAUGCAGCAGAAAUGGGGAUGAUGAUGACGAUUGUGAUAUAUCCAGAUCAGGUUCAUUGCUCCAUUCCCGAGUUGUUGUCUCGUCAAUGAAUGAUUCAUCGGCAUCCCAAAAUGAACAACUGACUUUAAGGGUUACCUCACAAGACGAUGAGUGUCAAAGUGAAGUUCCAUAUGCUGAAAUCAUGAUUUCAGUCAGAGGUGUCAGUACACCAGAGCUCACUCAGGUCAGCUACUUGGCAACAAACGACUCACAACAGUGGCGAGGAUGCGAAUCGAGGGGUCACAUACAGUCCUCACACUCAGUUGACAGGCUUCACGUCCCGCACCCCAGAGAGGUCAGCCGCAAGCUGAGUACAAACUCAGAGUACGCAGUCAUCACGUACGCCUGACUUGAGAAGACAUGGGCAGCCAUCGUCUGCAAGAAGAGAGAGACGAGAAAACAUGAAUCCUGUUUAUUCUGUCACUGCUGCUAUUUUGGAUUGACGGAGUGACGGAUGGAUGGAUAGACGGAUGGAGGGAGGAAGGGAGGAAGGAAUGAUAAAUGGAUGGGGAGACAGACAGA